AUGACAAAUAGCAAUUUGCUCGUUUAUUUUAUACAAAUAUUUGUAUUUGUUAAAUGUUUUAAUGGAGGCAAUUACCAAUCCACUAUUAAUGGUUCACCACUGGCCAGAACAAUGCGUAUCGUAGGUGGCCAUAACACCUCAAUAGCUGAACAUCCUUACAUGGUUAGUAUCCGAUACAAAGAGCAUUUUAUAUGUGGCGGUACAAUGAUUUCACAAAAAUGUAUGCUAACCGCGGCACACUGUUCGAUAUUGGAAUCACCGGGAAGUUGGGAAAUUCAUGCUGGAACAACGUAUAUCGAAACGAAAGGUUUAAUAAGAAAAGUGCGUAAAUGGAUGGUGCCCUUAGAAUUUAAUUUCUUUACCGUUGAUAUGGAUGUGGCCAUAGUAGAACUAGAUAGACCAUUAUAUUCCCGAAGUGUACGACCGAUAGAGAUUGAUUAUAGUCCGCUGCAGGAAAGUGAAGAAGUAGUUAUUGCUGGUUGGGGUCUUAAGAGUGAAUAUCCUUUGGCAAAACUCUCAAAUGAACUGCAAGCUGUGAAAGUUUCUUUGACUUCCUACGAGGAGUGUUUAAAAGCCUAUCUGCCACAUAAUAAUAUUACGCAAAAUAUGUUUUGUGCUAUUGGUAGUUGGGGCAGUGAUGCGUGCCAGGGUGAUAGUGGUGGACCGGCUAUACGUAGGGGCAAGCAGGUGGGUAUUGUUUCAUGGGGUUAUCGUUGUGGCUCUCCCGAAUAUCCGGGAGUAUACACAAAAUUAAGUAGUGCCAAUGUAAUGAGAUUUGUAACAUAUGUAAUAUACAAUAAUUGUUGA